CUCAAUUGGAACCUAAGAGUGGCUGUGAUUGGCUUUUCUUCAUAUCAUUGUCGCCAACCACACUCCCCUCUUCCCUUCCUCAUCAGAAUCCCCCAACUCUCUCUGUCAGCCACACCUCUCUUCCUCUUCACUCCUCAACACAGUUGAUUGGACCAAUCUUGGACUCUUGGAUUGCUUCCAAAGAGCUCUGCUUUUCGGGUGUCAUCACAUAUUUUUCCAAUGGGGGAUGUGGCAAAAGAUCUAGCCUCUGGGACCAUUGGUGGGGUAGCACAAUUAGUAGUCGGGCAUCCAUUUGAUACCAUCAAGGUUAAACUCCAAAGCCAGCCUGCUCCAGUUCCUGGACAACCUCCUAAGUUCACAGGUGCUAUUGAUGCUGUCAAGCAGACAUUAGCAGCCGAAGGCCCAAGAGGUCUCUACAAAGGCAUGGGAGCUCCUCUUGCCACUGUUGCUGUCUUCAAUGCUGUCCUAUUCACAGUAAGAGGACAAAUGGAGGCUCUAUUGAGAUCUCAACCUGGUGUGCCCCUUACAAUCGGCCAACAGGUCAUUGCAGGGGGUGGGGCUGGAGUAGCUGUAUCAUUCCUGGCAUGCCCCACUGAGUUGAUCAAGUGCAGAUUGCAAGCACAGAGUGCAAUGGGGGAGACUGGUGCUGGUGCUGUAGCUGUUGCAGUGAAGUAUGGAGGGCCAAUGGAUGUGGCAAAGCAAGUACUUAAAUCAGAAGGUGGUGCAAGGGGUCUCUUCAAGGGCUUGGUUCCCACAAUGGCACGUGAAAUACCUGGAAAUGCUGCAAUGUUUGGUGUGUAUGAAACAAUCAAGCAGUUGAUUGCUGGCGGUCAGGAUACUUCUGGGCUGGGGAGAGGCUCUUUAAUGGCGGCUGGAGGUUUGGCUGGAGCAGCCUUCUGGGGUGCCGUGUACCCUACUGAUGUUGUCAAGAGUGUCCUUCAGGUAGAUGAUUACAAAAAUCCAAAGUUUACUGGUUCCAUGGAUGCGUUUAGAAAGAUCCUGGCCUCAGAAGGAACAAAAGGCCUCUAUAAGGGUUUUGGACCUGCUAUGUCGAGAAGUAUACCAGCCAAUGCGGCAUGUUUCUUGGCAUAUGAGGUCACGAGGUCAAGUUUGGGAUGACAAGUUACUUCGCUUCUGGUUGUUGAAUGUGGACUACAGUGAAAUUUAACAAUUUUCUUCAUUUCUUCAUGCAGAAGCCAAUUUGUCUGUAUAUUGGAUAUAUGAUUUGGAACUAGGAGUCCUCCAUAGUUUACAAUAACGUAUUGCUAUCUUUCCAGAAAAAGAAAAAAGAGAGCAUUCUUUUAUCA